UUUUGCUUUGGUUUGUAUUUACAUAAAUUGUAGAAAUAAUGGCUAUAAUUUUAGCUGUGUUCCGUAUUGAGAAACUUAUUUGUGUACAAAGUACGUAAUAUUGAUCAAGAAGGAAAAAAUUCAAGGAAUUGCAAUGGAGAAUGUGAAUUUCAGUGAAAAAGUAGAGGUGUACUUUUCGGAGUUAGGGCGAUGGAAAGUUUGGCGUAGUAUUGUGCUGGGUCAAAUAUUAUCCCUAUUACUCAGUGGAAAAUGCAUAUUAACAACACUUCUACAAAGUGCGACUUGGCAAUUUCCUACGACAGGUCAACUCGUAAUCCCUUAUUUAGCUCUUUUUAUUCUGUUCAUACCGUCUUUACUUUGUAAUGGAGUUAAGAAAUUAUCAAAGAAAUGGCUAAUAGUUCUCCUAGCAUGCAUACUAGAUGUAGAAGCCAGCUGGUUGCUAGUAAUGUCGCAGCGGUUCACAUCAGUGUUGAGCUGACAGCUGCUAGCCUGCAGCGGUGUGGGUGCGGCUUUAGUUGGUGGGGCCUGGAGGGGACAGAGGCUCGGUGUGGCUCAUGUAGCGGGUGCCACUCUUGGUUUGAUGGCAGUUGUUUGUGUAGUGUGGGCUGAUGUGGAAGGGGCUCCUACUGAUGGAAAGAACCAGUUAGUUGGAGACAUGCUAUGUCUCGGUGGAUCACUUCUAUAUGCAUUAGUAACAGUGCUGCAAGAAAUAAUGCUCGAAACACAAGCCUGCUCAGAAUAUUUAGCCAUGCUCGGACUCAUUGGUGGCUCUUUAUCUUGUUUACAAACAUUUUUCCUGGAGUUUAACGAAUUGAUAUCAUUCUAUUGGUAUGAAGUGGACACUAUCAUACAAUUGGGAGGCUAUUGCUGUGUACAAACUGUAUUUCAAAUAUUACAAAGCUUUAUGUUGAGGGACGCUGGUGCAAUUAUACUGCAUUUGUCUUUCCUAUCAGCGGAUUAUUAUACUCUGAUUGCUGGGAUGUUCAUUUUUCAGUUUAAGUUCCACGCACUAUACUUCCUAUCAUAUCUCUUGGCGAUGGUGGGAGUGUUUCUGUUCAGUUCGCGGCCCACUCGCCCGCCCCCAGCGCCUGUGUUACCGCAACUUGUGAACGACUCUGUGCAAUCGCAGGAUAAUGUUUCUAUGGAAUAUACAGUACCAACAUUAGACUGUAUACCAUUAUCAGAAGGAUUGGAACCGCCCAUGAGCCGAGAUACGACUUUCACAUCAUUUCUCGGAGGCCCACAAAACAUCCCUAAUGGAAAUGCUACCUUUGGUAUAUCUAACGCACAAAAUUCUACAAAAGAUCAAGAACAACUUUAGACUUAAAUUUAAUCAGUAUAAAGUAUGAAAUUGCGAAAUUCGAUAGAAAAUACCAAUGGUAUAUCUAACGCACAAAAUUGAACAAAAAUUCGAGAAGAAAUUUAAAUUUUAAGUUACUUGCUAGAUUUUAAGUAUGAAAUUGCCGUGACUUAAAGUUUAUGGUACAAUUUUAUUUUCUAUAAUAAUAUAUGGAAUGUCGAUAUAUAAUACAUAGCUUUUAAAAGUCUCUGCUGCUCAUAUGUAUAAUGAUCUCUCUAAAAAUCUAUUUAACGCUUUUUUUUUAAAUCGAAAGAAAUAAUGUUUGUUCAGUAACCAAAUGAACUUCUGUGUGCCUCAUAAAGUUCAUUAAACAAAAAAAAUCUUC